UUGAAGAGCUUAUUUCCAAAAUGUGAUAUAAUCAUUUUUGGGAGAUGUUUUAUAGAAUCUAGAACAUCCAGUUUUCGAAAUGCUGUUGUUAAGACCUGAUAAGCAAGGACUUUUUCUGUUGACUGCAAUACACAUAAUGGGAUUUAGAUUUUCUUCUAUUUUGAAUGGAUAUUUCUCAUAUGGUGGAUAUCUCAUUUUGGAAAAACGCUUUUUAUACCGAGUGUGUCUUUUUUUAGAUAGCUGGGAACCAGCUUCUCUGUCCCUUUUAUCUUCAUCUGAUUUUCUCUUUAUCGGUGGAGAGAAGGGCAGUCUGCUCAUUUCUGCCUGCUGCUCUUCUUGUUCGACAUAUUGUGGCUUUUUUCUAUCAAAGCUUUUCUUUCACAUAUUCUUCCUCUGCUUUCUGGUUGGUUUCUCUUGCAGUUUUGAGCGCAUCCAUUAAGGGGUCUACGCUUUUUCGUUUUUUCCCCAGAAUAACCCAUUAAACUGAUCUCUGAACUUCUCUGUAGCAAAACAGAAACCAUUUUCAUGUAUAUCACGGUGUGUAUUUGUGACCUUGAAUAUUGAUGGCAAAAGUUAGCUAUUCUUAGGAGAAGUAAACUUUUAGUUGAGUUAAUCAUUUCCAUUUAUUGUUAUUUAAUGAAAGGCUGAUCCAGUUUUGUGUUACACUAUGUCGUACCGCUGCUAUUCAAACUGCCCCCGUCUUCAUCAUCACUCAUUUGUCAGCAUUAUUCACUGAGUGUCAUACACUAAAUGUUGUCUUUUCAUCUUUGUACUUGUCUAUCUUUGUCCUCCACCCCGUUUUUACCAUUCCCUCCUACAUGUUCCUCAUCCUCCUCUUCUCCCUUUUGUCGUCUUACUUUUCUAUAUCUCCCUGCUCCUCCCUGCAAUCUUCCUCCUAAGUUAUCAUUCCAUUUUUGGCACGCUUGUUCAACCUCAAUAAAUAUAUAUCAUCUCAUCACCAAACCUGAUCCUGGAAAAAAAACAAAAAAACUAUACUAACUAAAAAAAUAAUUUGAAAAAACCCCCAAUGUAAAUCCCACUCCCACACCCUACCCUGAUUUAUACUCACCCUGAACUAUUCCUUCAUCCAUACCCGAGCACCCGAGCACCCAUCCACUGUCACCGACCUGUGUAUGAAGGCCAGGCGAAGUAGCGUUCCCCCAAGCAGUUCUUUCUUCUGCCACAUAGCAAGCCAAUCAAAUGAAUACCAAGGUUCAAACAUGCACCACAGCAGCAGCAGCUCGUCAAUGACUGCAGAUGAAGCGACCCGCGGUGUGGCUGUGGAAAAACUAGAAACAAUGAAGAAGUGGGGUCUCAAUACUUACAAGUGUACAAAGCAAAUGAUCUCAGAGCGUUUCGGUCGGGGUUCUCGGACUGUGGACCUGGAGCUGGAGGCCCAGAUUGAGGUGCUAAGAGACACUAAAAAGAAAUAUGAGAAUGUGUUGCGAUUGGCCAGAGCGCUGACCAACCACUUCUACAACAUGGUGCAGACGCAGCAUGCGCUGGGUGACACCUUUGCUGACCUCAGUCAGAAAUCUCCAGAGCUACGGGAUGAGUUUGGCUACAAUGCAGAGACUCAGAAGUUGCUGUGUAAGAAUGGGGAGACUCUACUUGGUGCCAUAAACUUCUUUGUGUCCAGCAUCAACACACUGGUCAACAAGACCAUGGAGGACACCCUGAUGACAAUCAAGAUGUAUGAAAAUGCCAGACUGGAGUUUGAUGCCUAUCGGUCAGACCUGGAGGAAUUGAGUUUGGGUCCGAGGGACGCUGUAGCCAUGGCCCGCAUAGAUGCUGCACAGCAACAGUACCAAGUCCAGAAGGACAAGUAUGAACGCCUCCGCUCAGACGUCAUCAUUAAACUCAAGUUUCUGGAGGAGAAUAAGGUGAAGGUGAUGCAUAAGCAGCUCCUCCUCUUCCAUAAUGCCAUCUCGGCGUACUUUGCUGGCAACCAGCAGCAGCUGGAGCAGACGCUGAAGCAGUUCAACAUCAAGUUGAGGCCUCCAGGGGCUGACAAGCCCUCCUGGUUAGAGGAGCAGUGAGAGGGUCUGCUGGACCUCCUGGACCUCCUGCAGCCUCCUUCUUGACCACCUCCACCCGCUACCUGUUGAAAACCCCCUACUUACAGAGGACCACUACAGAGGGAAACAAAUACAGAUAAUUGGGUGGAUGAAGAUAUGAGAUGAGCGUGUGGCUGGGUGAUUGGACAGAAUGAGGGAGGAUUGGAUAGGGUAUUAUUGAUGAAUGGGCUAAAUGCAGCAGUGGCCAGUUUCAUGAACAGUCUGGGGGCUUUUAGUGCCUCUUCCAAACUUCCUUUUUUUCACUCUAACCUUCUCCUUGUGCUUUGUUCCCAGAGAAACUGUUCAUCUCUCCCUUCCCUUCCUCCCAUUUGACUUAACCCCCUUAUGUCUUAACACUAUUUUGCUGCGUGAGCUUGUGUUAGUCAUGUUCAUGGCCAUUACUGUACUCAAGUGCUCCCAGUGCUCUGAGUUAAACUUCAACCCCCCACCAUCUUAUUAACACACUCAGAUGUGACCAAACACUACAUCAAAACUCCUCCAGACCUUAUCACAUUCCGUGUGUGCCUCCUUAUAUACUGUAUGAGCUUAAUGUACUAAAUGAACAUGUGGCCUGCAGGAAGAAAGAUAAGUUCAGAAAAAAGUCUUGAAGGGGAUUUGUAUGGUACACUGGAAAGGAAUAUCCUGACAUUUCAAAUCAGUGUACAUUUCAAAUUAAGUACUGUUUCACAUACAAAAUAAAUAUUAUAUGAUUGUUUGUAGCUUAAAAAACACAAUGUUGUGUUUAGUUUUUUUCUUAUUUUGACUGUCAUCUCUUUAUUUUGUAAUUAUUUCAGUUGUAGUCAGCUGUAUGCUUUGUGGUUCAGAGUGAAGGACAGUAUACUGUUUGGGCAUCGUGUGGUGGUGUUUUAGACUGCAAGUACCGCAGUGCUUAGUCUGUAAUUAUCAGAAAUGCUACAGAUUUCAAUUGUAACCUAAAAAUUAUAUUUGCCACUCAUAUAUGCAACGAUCAUUUAAGGAAUACUGCCACAGUUUCCCAAAGUUAUACUGGUUUGAGUCUUUACUAAUUGUGUUUUAUUUACCCAAAGAGAAUUGAGAGAGGUGUUUAUUGGAUGAUGACCCUUGCUAUGUUUUCAUGGGUUGUCUAGGCAACAUUGAUUGGAUUUGAGGGACGGUUGACCUAUAUAGGAUGGGUAUGUCAGUCGGUUAAGAUCCAACAAACUUGAAUGGAUUAACUCCAUUAUUUAAUAGUUUAAUGGACUGUAUUUAAAAGAAAUUCAUUACAUUUGUUUUUAACAUUGAUGAAUGAUACAUUGAAAUGUUUUUGUUUUUUAGUUUUUGUUUGUCUUUUUUUAAAGUUAACAAGGACAUGUCAUUGUCAUCUAGGGUCAUCUCUUUCAGUCCCCUUAAAGCAGAAUAUAUAGUUGUCUAUGGUUACCUUUCUUCACACUGAAGAUUACUGCAGCUGUCUAAUAUUACUAAUCCUAAUAUUUCGACAUAAAAUCUUGUAAAUUAGUCGUUGGGGAACGGGAUAACCCUAAUGAUUCAUCAUGUUUUACCUCCUUUAUCUGAAACGUCAUCUUAGUAUAAUGGUAGUAAACAAUCAUCCAUUGUUGACGAGACGGUGUUACCACAAAAUAUCGGCAUGGUACUACAUAUGUAAUGUUGAAUUGUUAUUCAUCACUGUAUUUAUUAUGUUCAUUGUAUGUGUUAAUCUGUUGGAAUCGGCAUAUUGUACACUGGAACUUCUGGUUUGUGCAAAUGACUCAAUUUAUGAGUAUGACAUUUAUGGCGUUUUGCAGAUGACACACUAACAUGUAAACAUGUCUCAGGAUAACCAAAUCUGUAAUUGAUAUACUCCAAAAAAUGUUUCUGACCUAACUGAUAGAAAGUGUUUUAGUUUCCCGGUGUCAAACCUCUGUGAAGUCAAAUGAAGAUAAUCCAGUAUAAUGAAUGUUUUACCAUGCUGAAUUUAACUUAUGAGAGCCUCGAGUAACAGAAGGGAGAGCUCUAUCAGUUAAUGCGUUAGUCCUCCAGCUUCUUGUCUCCUUUGUAUUUGCAUGGCAGGCAGUGAUCCAAAGUAUAGGUGCAGAUAUGUGUGAAUGCACUGAUGCUCUACUUUUGGCCUUUUGCACGCCAGUUCACAUGGACUGGCAUAAGGCCAUGCUUAGGAUUUAAAUGUUGAAACUGGCUGAAGCAGAAUCCAAAAUUUGGGUUUUCUUUUAAUGCUGCACUCUUGAGGACAAUUAUGAAAGGAAGUGGAUUUCUUAUGUGUUAGUGUGUCAAAUGGGUGUGUUUUAUUCUGGCUGAAAAAGUCACUCAGUAAGACCUUGGCCUCACUUGCAGCUAAAAUCGCAGUUCACUGGCCAGCUCCUGGUCCGUUUGACCGCUACAGAGCAAUAUUAACAAAAUGUGACUCCUCUUUUCCAAACCUUCCCCUUUGAAAUUCCUAACCCCAACACAUAAAUGAAUGGCAAUAGGAUUUUUUUGUUCUGUAGUUGUGAAACAUCUAGUGAAUUGAAAAAAGUGUGACAAGCAUUCAGAGUCACUCUUACUAGCAAUCUUUACAUUGUUGCCGAGAGAGAAUCAAGAUUUAUAAAAUGAGAUAUCUUAUUUGUGUACAAUCAAUGUUUUCUAGGCUGAGCUGGUGUGUUGUACUGUAUGAAUGAUUGCACAUAAUGGUAUUUAAGAUGAUAACAUGAAGUUGUGUCAUGGAUUGAUGUGAUACUCUGCCUUCAUUCCUCACUCAGACCUGAAAAGUCCCACCCCACCCCGAGGGAGCAAAAUUAAAAGUACAAAUUUUCAAAAUGC